AUGCAUUGGCUGCAGGGCGUUAGGCUGUGGGUGACCCACAAGUGCGACACAUGGCUACCAUUGGGAGAUGUGAAUGCAAUGAUUGCAUUCGCUCUUCAAACCUCGAGCCAUCCCAGUACCAUCUUCCAAUGCCAGUGUCUCGGCAAAGCGAAGUACUCCACUGCCAGCGCUGCCAUGGCCGCCGAUCGUCUUCCUACCAUCGCGAUUAUCAGGAGGACCCUGCCACAAACCCUCCUAUAG